AUGGAAUCACGAAAUUUCGAGUAUGGUCAGAUGCCGCCGGCACCUUUGGCCUCUGUUACAAAUUCUCCCACGACAAAUACCAGUAUAGGUGGUCUAAACCUUACUACAGCACAACAAAAUACUAACGCUGUUUCAUUAGACUCUCUGCAAAAUCAACAAGCUCAACAAGUAUUAGUGCUAGAUAAUGCUCAGAAUCAGAUGGUAGUAUUAAAUGCUUCUCCAACGUCUCAUUCACGACCUCCUCAAAUAUCAACAAGUAUAUCUACUAGUUCUUCCGGGACUAUUACUUUAAAUUCUAUAAACGACUCUACGCAAGAUUUAGCAAUGUUGGUUAAUCAAGAACAAUUACCAGUUUUAGUUAUGGGUGCUGCUCCUGCUACUUCUAUGGAAUCUACAACAACUCCUCAGAUAACAAUAGGUACCGUUUCUUCUACCGUUUCACUAGACCCUUCUUUGAUCCACAACACUUCAAAGAUGAUAGUAACUUCUCAACAAGAUCAACAGCAAACUCAGUUAACUAUUACAGAAGUUUCACAGUCUGCUCCUCCUCAAGUCGUUUUAGCAGCUCCACAGGAACAAUCAUCUACUGUUGUAAAUGUAAAUGCUGCUAUAUAUAAUCCAAUAUUUGAUCCCUUAGAUCAUGUAAAGAGACAAAAUGAUAUUAUUUCUUCCUCUCCUACUACUACUACAAUAAUGGAUUUAAAUCAAAUGAUUAUUGAUACUGAUCCUCCUGUUAAAGUUCAUGAUGACGCUCAAGCUGUUGUUGAAGCUCAAUUACAUGCUGUUGUAGUCGAUGCUCAAGUACAAGCUCAACCUAUGAAUAUUGUAGAAAUAGAUUCAAUAGCUAAUGCUCAAAUGGUUGAAUCGAUGAAUAAUCUUAUAGAACAAAAUAAUCGUUUAGCUAUGGAAAUCGCAAAUAAUAACCAAUUAGCCGCUGAUGUUAAUGCUUCUACAAUUAUCAGUCAAUCGGUAAGCAGUCAAAUGUCUAUCAGUAAUAAUCAAACUGAGCAAAUUUUAUCGUCAUCGACCCAACCACCUCCGAUAGCCGAUCUUUUGAAUACUAGUCCUAUUGUUACUGCUUCUUGGAGUAUUGCACCUCCUAAUAAUGGUCCAAGUAUUGUAGUACCUUCAGGUGGUCCCAUACAUCUUAUUAAUGUUGGGGAACAUAUAGUACAUAAUACGGUGGUGGUAGAUUCGAGUAUUCUUGGUAGUAAUUCUUUACAACCAGCACAAACAUUAACAUUUGUCGCCGAAAAUCCUCAAUUGGAUAUGCAGAAUGCAGCUCAAAAAUCCUCGGUUGAUAACGUAAUCGAAUCUCCUUCAACAAAUAUUCAAUCACCUUCGCGUACCAUGUCCCCUGACAAACAAGUUUCUCAACCUCAAGAUGAACGUUCCAAGAAAUCGCCUGAAAAUGAAGAUGAUCAAUUAUCUGAUGAAAUUAUUUCUCAACCUUCUAUCAUGCAAACUGAUAUUGAUAUUGAUACAAUUGAAUCGUCAAAAACUGCAGAGACUCUUGCUGCUACUACUACUUCGAUUAAUAAAUCUUCUAAUUUAGAAGAUUUAUCGACCGAUCAACUUUACGCUAAAUUGGGACAAUACGAAUUUCCUAACUAUUCUAAAGAUCAACUUAUAGAAAAAGUUAGGUAUUACGAACAACGUGACAAAAAUUCAAAAAAUCGUAAUUCUGAAAAUAAAAGUCUAAAACGUUCUCGUGGUGAUUCAAUAAAAUCUAAUUAUUCUGAUAUGAGCGCUACUUCAUUAGAUGAUAACGAUUCACCAAUGACUCCAAAUGACGAUGGUGAAGAUUUAAAACGAGAGUCUCAUCGAUCUGAAUCUGUAAUAGCCGGCAGUUCACAAAGUUCUCCUUCUUUAUCCUCUGUAAAACCUGAAGGUCAAGAUGAGAAAUCUGAUAGUCAUCGAUGUAUGUGGAGAGGUUGUACAAAAGUACUGGAGAGUUUAGAAGCAUUAAUAUCACAUGUAGGUGAUUCUCAUAUUGGUAGUGGAAAGGCUACUUAUGCUUGCGAUUGGGAAGGAUGUUUAAGAGGUCAAAAACCGUUCACAAAACGUCAUAAGAUGUAUAAUCAUUUAAGAACUCAUACAGGGGAGAGACCUUUUGUAUGCACUGUAAAUGGUUGUGGAAAAAGGUUUUCAAGACCGGAUUCUCUAACGACACAUGUAAAAACGCAUUCCAAUCAUCGGCCAUAUAUUUGCUCAUUUAAAGGGUGUAAUAAGGCAUAUUAUCAUUCGAGAUCUCUUAGAAAACAUGAGAAAACACAUACUCAACACCCUUUACCAUCAGUUCAUUCUUCCGGGAUUUCAAUUAAUAAUGGAAUGCAUAUAAAUUUUACAUCACAAAAUCGCCUUUACCCAUCUUCACAACAACAACCACCUCAAACACAUUUAUUUCAACAAAGACCACCUGGAUUUAAUCCUUCUUCAAAUCCAUUACCUAGUGUUCACCAACUUCAUCCUCCAUCACCUGUUGGUCCAUCACCACCAUCAAGUAAUUCUUUUAAUUAUUCACAAGGGCAUAGAAUUUUAUCACAAGGUCCGCCAUCAUCAGGGCAACAUGGUCCUUUAAACUAUCAUUAUCAUACUCCAUUACCUCAACCAUUAAAUCAUAGACCUGAACUAGUUCAUCAUAGUCGUGGUCCAUCUUUUGAUGGUUCGCAACAACAAG